GGGCGGCGCAUGCACGGAGAGGUUGCCCGGGCCCAGGCGGUCCACGCUCCGCGCCUCUCCCGUGCAAGGCCAGCCCAGGGAAGGAAACGGAAGACCGGACUUUGCCAAAGGGCCACUUCAGUUUUCUUCAGUAUUCAGAAUAUUUGCCAAGGCCCACGAGACUCGGCGCGCCCCCUGCGGGGCGGUCGGGGUCUAGGAGGCGGCGGGGGAUGCUCGGCGCGGACCUCCAGGCCUCGGGAUGGCCCCGGUGAAGACGAAGUGCAUCUGCGACCUGUGCUCCUGCGGGCGGCAUCACUGUCCGCACCUCCCUACCAAGAUUUAUGAUAAAACAGAGAAACCAUGUCUUCUCUCCGAAUAUACCGAGAACUACCCUCUCUAUCACUCCUACUUGCCCAGAGAGUCCUUCAAGCCCAAGCUGGAGUACCAGAAAGGGUGCACACCAAUGGAAGGCCUGAGCACAUCGAGGAGAGAUUUUGGGCCUCACAAGGUGUUACCGGUGAAGAUUCACCAGCCCAACCCAUUUGUCCCAAGUGAAGAGAACAUGGACCUGCUCACCAUGUAUAAACAAGAUUACAACCCCUAUCCCGUCAGUCGAGUGGACCCCGUCAAACCUCGGGACAGUAGAUACCCAUGUGGCGACAAGAUGGAGUGUCUGCCUACUUAUAAAGCUGAUUAUUUACCCUGGAACCAACCAAGACGAGAACUGCUUCGUCCACCACGCAACUACCGGCCGGCAUCAACCAAGUUUGAUAGUCGAACCACACACCAGGAUGACUACUCCACGAAGGGCUUGGUAAACACCAUGAGCUGUAAGCCUCCGGCUGCACCCAAGCUCUGUAACAUCCCCCUGGAGGAUCUGACAAACUACAAGAUGAGCUACGUGGCCCACCCCAUGGAGAAGCGCUUUGUGUAUGAGCCAAAGAAGUUCAGACCCUGUGAAAUCCCCUUUGAAAGCCUCACCACCCACAAAGAGUCGUACCGGGGCCUGAUGGGGGAGCCAGCCAAGAGCUUGAAACCUCCAGCCAGGCCUUGUGGGCUAGACAUACCUUUCUCUAACACCACCGAGUUUCGAGAUAAGUACCAAGCUUGGCCAACGCCCCAGAUGUUCUCCAAAGCUCCCGCCACCUAUGUCCCUCCUGAAGAAAAGAUGGACCUUCUGACGACAGUGCAGGCCCACUACACAUACCUCAAGGGUGCCCCAGCUCAGUCCUGCCGACCAGUGCUCUCGGUCAAGAAGGGUGGCCGCUUCGAAAGCUCCACCACCACUAAAGAGGACUACAAGCAGUGGGCCAGCAUGCGGACAGAGCCAGUCAAGCCCAUCCCCCAGCUGAACCUGCCCACCGAGCCCUUGGACUGCCUGACCACCACACGAGCCCACUAUGUGCCCCACCCACCCAUCACUACCAAAAGCUGUAAGCCCCCCUGGUCUGGCCCCCGAGGAAAUAUCCCUGUGGAGGGCCAGACCACUUAUACCAUCAGCUUUACUCCUAAGGAAAUGAGCAGGUGCCUGGCUUCAUACCCUGAGCCCCCUGGCUACGUCUUUGAGGAAACAGAUGCUUUGGGGCACAGAAUAUACAGACCAGUUUCCCAGACAGGCUCUAGGCGGAGCAGCCGUCUUUCUGUCGGUGAUUUGGAAAAUCCCAACCAGCAGGAGUUGACAGUGUCAGCCUGAUUUUUAAAGAUUGUAAUUUAGAAAUGGCACACUACUUUUAAAAGCAGAUGAUUGAGUUAUUUGUUGGACCAAAAAAAAAAAAAUUCCCCAAAAUGAA